CCAAAGUGCGUAGGACAUAUGAACCUGCGUGCAUCUGAUGUUAAUGCUUGCAGACCGUGCGACUCACCCACGCAGCCUGCGCGAAUUUAGGGAGGGUUGUAGCGUACAUCUGAGGAGGAGGAGGAGAGGCCGCGUGUCGGCAUGUGGAGCAACGCCGAUGACGCGAAAAACAACGCGCGCGCAUUGUCAGUACCCGGAAGGCAUCGUUUUAAACGCCUGUUUUACAGCGCUGAACACAAGUCAGAGGAGCAGGGACAACGCGAUCCGUACCGGCCGGCCCGGCACAAUCAUGCAGCUGUUCAAGGAGUCGCCUCCAGAAGACACGGACGAAACGGUGACGUCGUUCGCGACGGCGAUCUUCCUCAAGGGUUCCAAAGUGCUCGCAUACGUGAUCACCUUCGCCGUUGUGCUCUGCGGCUCGGUGCUUUCCAAGGCCACACUUCUGGUGAUGACGUCGCAGAUCCAAGGCCUGCGCAGCGGAAGGGGUCUCAACCGCACACGAACGGUCUGCAAUCGCGAAGUGUUUUUAGACGACGACGGCGAGUACGUGACUGGCAUCGACCGGAUGGAACAGAUCGCCUGGAUGUGGGCGAUUCUGUUCGCCAUGUUCAUUCCGGAAGCGCUGGUCUUUAUAAGGUCCGUACGGAUAUCAAUGUUCCAGCCCAUGCGGAUACCUCAUGCAAGGACGUUCUUUCUCGUCUUCGCCCUGCAGAGCCUGCACGUGGUCGGCCUUGGCUUCCUAGUCUUCGCAGCGCUGCCAGAACUGGACGCACUGCGCGCCACCAUGGUCUGCAGCAGUGCGGCCUUCGUCCCAGCCUUGCUCAAGGCGCUCUCCCAGAAGGACACGUCGCCGCCAGCGGUGGUACUCAACGUCUCGACGCUGCUCGCGCAGUGUUCGGGCCUGGUGCUGUGGUCCGUGGGAGCCGGCGGAACGCCGACCCUCGCCGUAGCGCUGCUUCUGUCGUCUUGCGCCUGGUGGCAGUGCUUCGCGGACGAGAACUCACCCGUGUUCCGCCUCGCGAGACUCCGUUCGCUGAAGCGCGACCUCGAUAAGUGCUCCGUGUUUGUGUCCCUGGUCCUGGUGCCCUGGAGGAUGCUGCUCACAUUCGCGACCAUGCUGGCGCUGGCGGGUAGCUCGUUCGACGGGGCGGCUGACGUCAUAGGCAAGUUCCACGAGUCCUUCCAGGCGCACGAAUUCCCGCUCCUUAGAGCGCGUACGGACGUCGACAGCGGGUUGCAGCUGGAAGAGUUGGUCGGCACGAAUUACGUCAUCUGGACCCGACGGCUAGUCCCGGUAGCCGUCGGCGCAGUCCACGCCGCUGCAAGCUACGUCACCUACCGGGCGUGCGUCUUCGCCUGCAGAAUCAAGAUUCAGGGCUUCUCGAUGGCGCUGCCGUUGACGCUGAGCGGGCCCGUCACCAUGCUCGUCCUGGCCGCCACCUGCGCCCAGCGCCGCUUGCAGCCCUGCUUGCUGAGCGGCGUUUUGCCGUCCUACGUGUUUCUUAACUGCUACGGAGGAACCUUCAUGCAGUUGUUCGCGGAAGAACACGCAUGGGUGUGGAUCGCCUGGUUGCUCAGCCUUGGUUGCGUGACGGCCCACGUGUGGAAGUCGAAAGGUCAAAGGAUGGCGAGUGAAGAAAGCCUCUUUGCACAGCCCACGUACGCAAGCGCCUUACUGGAACAGUCUGUGACCCUGAACAUCCGGAGGCUCAGCCGACAUGAAAUGGAUCAUACGGACAGGCGCGAACAGCUGCAGGCCAGCAUGGAGAGUUUUCGGGAGGCGGUCGAGACGAGGCUCCGUACUCCGAAGCAUUCCAAGCAUCAGCUGGAAGACGAGGACGAUGUAACGAGGAUCUACGCAUGCGCUACCAUGUGGCACGAGACCAAAGAAGAGAUGCUCCAGCUACUGAAAUCAGUGCUCCGAAUGGACUGCGACCAGAGCGCGCGCCGGCUCUCAAGGCUGCACCUGGGCUUAAAGGACAAGCUGUAUUACGUCUUCGAAACCCACAUUAUUUUUGAUGACGCCUUCAAAGAUGCCCAAGACGCGUCUGGUCGCAAAUGUCGUGUGAUCAACGACUACGUUCAAACUCUAAUCAGCACUGUGAACGAAGCCGCUUGCAGCGUGUACGGGCUGAACGACAUCUGCCUGCGCCCUCCGCGCGUGCUGGACACGCCGUACGGUGGCCGGCUCGUGUGGACCAUGCCGGGCCGCAACGGACUCGUGGUGCACCUCAAGGACCGCAGCCGCAUCCGGAACAAGAAGCGCUGGUCGCAAGUCAUGUACAUGUACUACCUGCUGGGCCACCAGCUCGCCCAGUCCAACCUCGAGCCCCAUCGCAAGGAGGUGCGCAAGCAGAACACCUACAUCCUGGCCCUCGACGGCGACAUCAGCUUCCGGCCGGAGGCCGUGCUCUACCUCCUCGACCACAUGAAGAACAACGCGGGGCUCGGCGCCGCUUGCGGGAGGAUACACCCCAUCGGAUCCGGUCCCAUGGUGUGGUACCAGGAGUUCGAGUACGCCGUCGGCCACUGGCUGCAGAAGGCCACCGAGCACGUGCUGGGCUGCGUGCUGUGCAGCCCGGGCUGCUUCUCGCUGUUCCGCAGCGAGGCCUUGAUGGCCGACAACGUGCUCAAGACAUACACCACCAAGUCCACGGAGGCAUUGCACUUCGUUCAGUACGACCAAGGCGAAGAUCGUUGGCUCUGCACCCUGCUGCUCAAGCAGGGAUACCAGGUCGAGUACAGCGCCGCCUCGGACGCCUACACCCGCUGCCCCGAGACGUUCGAGGAGUUCUUCACGCAGCGCCGCCGCUGGACUCCCUCCACCAUGGCCAACAUCAUCGACAUCCUGAUGAGCGCCCGAAAGAUGGCGCGCAACAACAGCGGCAUCUCGAACUUCUACAUGGCCUACCAGGGCAUGCUGCUCGUGGGCACCAUCCUCGGGCCGGGCACCAUCUUCCUCAUGCUGGUGGGCGCGUUCGUCAACUGCUUCAAGAUGUCCAUCAUGUCGGCGUUUGGCUUCAACGCCGUGCCGGUUUCGUGCUUCGUCGCCGUCUGCUUCCUGUGCUCCAACCAGAUUCAGAUCGCGGUGGCGCAGCUGCUGUCGGUAGCCUACGCCCUGCUCAUGGCCGCCGUGAUUGUGGGCACGGCGCUGCAGAUCCAAGAGGACGGCAUCUCGUCGCCCGCGUCCAUCUUCAUAGUGGGGACGGCGCUCGUGUUCUUCCUCGCCGCUCUAGUGCACCCACAGGAGUUCCGGUGCCUGAUGCACGGCCUGCUUUACUUCGUGCUCGUGCCCUCCAUGUACCUCAUCCUGGCUCUCUACUCGGUCAUCAACCUCAACGUCGUCUCCUGGGGCACUAGGGAGACCUCCGCUGCCAACACAACGCAGGGCGGGGCGGAUCACGCACCAUCCAACGCCGACCGUUACCGGCCAAUGGCACAGGCAAUGAUGACGUGCCGCCUCGGAGACAUACUCACUUGCCUCUGGUGCACAAAGUCCCACAGCGGAACCACGUGGGGAGACUUCUCCCUGAACACGGUCAGCAGGGGCGACUCAAGACCGGAGACCCUCGAGCCCUUGUUGAAAGAGUGCGCAAACAAGAUGCCCGUCUUGAACGAGGAGGAGGAAGGCGAGGACAACAGCGGCCAGCAUAAGGAGCUUAAGCCGAAUGGUGCUUUACCGGGACCCCAGGGCGCGGCAGCAGAGUGCGAUCACUCGGCCUGGCACACUCAUCCGACGCUAAGGCAUUGCACCCGUGACGAUUUGGAGCCGGAGGAGGACAGGUUCUGGAAUUCCCUCAUCACGGAAUUCCUGGAGCCCGAGAAAGCGAAAGACGCGUCCGCGGUACACGAGAUGCAGGAAAAGCUGGAUGCGCUCCGGAACCGCGUCGUAUCUGCGCUGCUGUUCUGCAACGCCAUGUACGUUCUCGUCAUUGUGCUCCUCCAACACCACAGGAGCACGUUGUACAUCGAGUGGCCCCUGGCAGCCAACGUGACCAUAGGCUACGUGCCGUCCGCCGAGUUCGUCGUCGUGCAAUCGAACUACAAGCGCCUCGAACCCCUGGGCAUGGUGUUCAUCGCCUUCUUCGCCUUCAUCCUGCUCUUGCAAGUGAGCGGCAUGAUAAUCCACCGCUUUCACACUUUCUCGCACAUGCUAGCCUCCAUUUCCAUCCUGGACUCGACCGAGCCUAGCGAGGGCUACAAGACUUACCUGUCUGCACUGAAGGAACUCCAAACGCCCGAAACCAUCGAAGACCUGCCUCCGGCGAAUGCCUCCGCUUCUGGCGAGGAGACGUGGCGAAGACCCAGGGCGGUGGACCUGGAAUUCGUCCUCACCCGCAACCUGAUGAACAUGAAUAACAGACACGAGAUCGAACUGAUUCCUGAGACGAACACGAGCUGCCUCAAGCAAGCUCUGAGUCGACAAGCUGUGGCCGAUAUGCUGCGUCGUCGCGGUAGCGACCCAUCGCUUUCUCGCCGGUCAAGAAGAAAGCCGCUGCGCUCUGCCUCGUCAUACAGAUGACAAGAGCUGAGCGGGCAUAAAUGAGGACGUGUUUGCAACGUAGACAGACUGUUUUACCAAAUAA